CUCGAAACACAGCAGGGGGCAAGUGCGAGAUGACCUCGUAAGGGUGAUCCCACCAGGAAUACAUUACAAACGUGCGGAACACUGUUUCGCGUGGCUUUUGGUGGAGGUGAUUAGACCUUGAUCGGUUGCUCGAAGUUCGUCCUUGGUUUUUACUUCUCUCGUUGGCGUUACUUUUCGGGGAAAAAGUGGGCGGACGUAUCUCCCAUGGUAAUGCUGAGUGAUCGAGUCAAUGCCAACGGCGAAGAAGAUAAGGAGGACGAGACAAAUUUAGCUACACAGGAUAUGUCGGAACAAAGCAAACCGAUAACGACGCCGGGAUCAGUGGAGGGGCGGAGGUUGUCCCACGACCAAAGCGACGAGCCACCAACACUGGAGGUGGGACAAGGUAGUGUAGAUGAAGCCAUUGCGGCUCAUAAUCCCACACAACCACUGCAACCCGAGGUGCUAAUCAAAGGUGCCUCUCCGGCUUCGUUAGAUUCACAUCCUUCGAACGUGGGAGAGGGAAAGACUUCGCAGUCUUUGUUUGCAUGUCCCGCCGAAGGCAACCCUUCAAACGUGGUGGUUUCCAUGCCUGGUACAUUCGCCAAGGUAAAUAGCGGUGAGGAUUUGGAUCAAGGUACACGACCAGGUGGAAGACUAUUGAGCUAUGAAUCCUUGGAAGCUUUCUCCAAAUCCUCUCGGCCAACUUCGGUCCAAGGAAGUCUACCUGGAUCCUCCCAGGCAUAUUCCGCGUCUUCCAACGGAAGUAGUUCGGACCACACGGAGGAACCGAGUUCCCUUCCUAAUAUUAUUACGACGUCGGCUCCGGGAACAGGGGCGCAGCCACUUACAUCGACAUCCCCUACCUCUUCCAAUACCUCCGUGAGGAAGACUUCGGGUCUCCGGAGGGGCAAGUGGACGGUAGAAGAGGAGGCCUACGUUGCCCGUGUCAUUCAAGACUUCAACUCGGGUUUUCUCGAUGCUCCAGCUGGUACCACACUUCGUACGUUUCUUUCAGAGAAACUCCAAUGCGACCCCAUGCGUAUCACAAAAAAAUUUACGGGAGAUGCCUGCAUUGGGAAGCGAGUCUUUCAUCCAGCGGUCCGUAGUCCUAGCAACGGGACCGCGAUAGACAAAGCACAGGCGGAGCUGCAUGGAUUGGAACGUCGAUGGCAGAGGCGGUUGGAGUUACAGCAAAGAGAAUCGGCGAAGAAAGCAGCGGCGUCUGCGGCCGCUGCAGCGGCAGCAACGGGUCGAAACUUCUCGGUACAGACUGCAUCGGUUGAUGGCACAGCGUCCGUUGGCGAAAAUCGAGCGAAAACAAAGACAGAUGGUCCGAACAUGGUGACACAAACAGCUUCAUGGCUCGAUCGAGCCAAAUCUGUCUUACAAGAUCCGUCCCCUGCUAGUUCAAUGAGUCAACAGAGCCAUUCGGAAGACUUUGCCAAGAGUGAGAUCAUGAGUCAAAUGCAAGAAGUCCAAAGACUCUUACAUGAAGGCCCUACCAUUCAGAAAUCCAGCGCCGAUCUCCCUGAUAUGAUGGAUAAGGCUCGAUCAAAGAGUGGCUCGUCCAGUCCGCCGGUCGAACCCGCCGACAAGCGACUCCGAACUGGCGCCGAAGACGCAGAAGCUCUUGUUGGGUUUCUACGCAGCGUUCGAGCCUCGGCUGCCAGCGGUCAAGAGUUUUGAUCCUUCGCUAACGCGCUGUCAAUUUCGGGCUCCCUGGGAAUCCCCAACCUGUCUAUGUAGCAUGCAAAGCCUUCCGAGUUGCGACCUUUGUGAAUUCCCACAUUGCCACUUGCAACGAUUCGGCAUGCUUGAAGCGUAAACGUUCUGGAAGAAGAUCUACGAUGCUAUCCAUACGGUCGUCAUGCAGCGGCACACCAGCAAAAUUGUAACGAUACUAUUCACGGUGCCAGGACGAUCGACCAACGGCCUUAUUUCUGUCAAAACGGGGUCAAACUGUUUAUAAAAUAGGCGACUUUGACAGCCU